AAAACAGUGAAUGUUAUGAAAGGACAGUUCUACCUGUAGGCUCAGGGUAUCUAAUGCCCAGUGCUGCAUAAUAAAUACUAAUCAUGAAUCCUGCACUUAAGGCAAAUGCCUACUUCAAUGUCCUUAUUGGAGGAGGUAGUGGAUUUAUUGGUAAAGAACUAGUCAAACAUUUACGUAUGAAACAUAACAUCAAUUCAAUACUGGUUUCUAGAAGUUCUGGAGAAAAGAGAAUAACUUGGAAUGAUUUGGAAAGACGAGGUUUGCCUGAGAACUGUAUUGCAGUUGUCAAUCUCUCAGGUGAAAAUAUUCUCAAUCCACUGAAAAGAUUUUCUGAAGAUUUUAAAGAAGAAGUAAGAAGAAGUAGAAUAGAUACUACUAAGAAGUUAGCUGAUGCCAUUGUUAAGGCCGAGAAGAAACCACAAGUUUUUGUCACUAUGUCUGGUGUUGCUUAUUAUCCACCAGAUGAAAAUAAAGUAUAUGAUGAAGAUAAUAAAUGUGAAGAAUAUGAUUUUUUAUCUAAAUUAACCAAGGAUUGGGAAGCUGCUAGUAAUUUACCGGAUUCUGUUAGUGUUAGACAAGUUACUGUCAGAUCAGGUGUUGUACUUGGAAGAAAUGGUGGAAUGAUAGAUAAUAUUCGCUUGCCAUUUAAAAUGGGUCUAGGAGGCGUGAUAGGCAGUGGAAAACAAUGGUUACCAUGGAUACACCUUAGUGAUAUCGCAGGCAUCUUUGAUCAUGCCAUACAAAAUGACAAUGUAUCAGGGAUUUUAAAUGGAGUGGCCCCUGAGGCUACCACUUAUGCUCAGUUUGUAAAAGCUUAUGCUAAAGCUAUGCACAAGCCUGCUUUUUUUCCUACUCCAGCGUUUGCCAUGAAUACAAUUUUCGGACCGGAGAGGGCCAAAGUUAUUUUGGAAGGACAGAAUGUUAUGCCAAAAAGAACAUUAGAAUCUGGUUUUAAAUUUGAAUAUCCAACUAUUGAGAAAGCAGUAGAUGAGAUAGUUAAUAUCUAUAUACCACGUGAAGCAGUUUUCAAAGAAUGAAAGAAUUCAAAAUAAGUUCUUCCUGACAGUGAAUUAUGCAGUACAGAUGAACCCUUCUUCAAAUAGAUAUGGCAUAUGUUCUGAGCAUAGAAAACAACAACCAUUUUGAAUAUACAUGUAUGUGACUAAGAAAUUCUUAGGCUAGAGAAAAGCUAUUACUAUUUAAUGGUAUUAUGAAUGGUUUUUGUGUAUUUGUGGACAUUUUGACAGAGGUGUCUAAUAAUACUGGAUUUAAAAAAAAGUUGAUAUAAGUGAAAAUAAUUGUUUUGUUUACAAAUGUGAUGUUAAAUAUAUUUGUUUUUCAUUUAUCAAAGUUGAGUUCUUUCCAUUAAUAAUAAAUACUGGAAAUGUCACUUUAGGUGCAUACUAGAGAAGAUUGUCAAAUUUUGAUCCAUUCACAUUGGUGGUUUAAAGCCACUUUCAGCAGCAAUAAAAUCUAUCCACUUGUUGGAACACUAAUUGAACGGGGAACAUAAUCCGAAUUAAUAUCAGUUUCAUUUUAACUGAAAUCAAUAUCGUCCAGUGAGAAAAAACAAAAAUAAUGAAGUAAUUUAAUAAACACUGUAAACAAAUGCAUAUUAACAAUGAUUCAAUAUUCAAUGAUCAAGAAAUACAGAGUAUGAUUUACAAAAACUACAGUUAUUAGAAUUUACUGGGCAGAUUUCGCAAUUUGAUCUUUUAGAAUAAGAAUACUCUGUCUUUGCUCCGGAGGUAAAAUUGCUAUCUGCUGAUCAGUCAAUUGCAGAACCUGCAUAAUCAGUGCAGCCUUUUCUUGGUCUUGUGAUGAAAUUUGAGUCCCUGACCCAGAAGUAAGGUUUGCUAGACCAGCUAAGUUGGGCAUGGCACCUCCUGACAUUCCUCCAAGUCCAGGGAUGCCUCCAGUAUUUGGUUGCAUGCCACCUGAAUUGGGCAUACUGGAUGCCAUAGACCUAUUGGGCAUGUUUCUAUCACUCAUCAUUCUUGGAUCUAAUGAUUCCAUUUGAUUUGGGAAUUGGCCUCCGGCAUCUGAUCGUGAAGUUGGGGGUCCUCUCAUAUCUGGCAUCAUUCCAGGUCCUGGUGGUCCUCUACCCAUUUGAGGCCCAGUGCCACCCAUUGGAUGGAUUAACUCCGCCCAUCAAUGGUCUAGGACCACCCAUUUGCGGACCAGGUCCUCCCAGCUGUGGUCCUGUUCCACUCAUUUGAGGACCAGGGCCGCCCAUCAAUGGUCUUGGGCCACCCAUCUGAGGCCCAGGUCCACCCAUUUGAGGAUUAACUCCACCAAUCAAAGGUCUUGGUGCACCCACUUGUUGUUGUCCAGGGCCCAUUCCCAUAUUUGGCUGAGGAGGAUUAUUCUGUUGUAUUGGUGCAGUGCUCUGGUCAUUUUCUCUGUAAAGCAUAGUUAAGGCCACUUGUGGGUCCACAAUCUUCAUGACAAUUUGGGCUUGUAGGAGAGCAUAAGCCAGUUGUGGAUUAGCAAGCAGCAUGUUGCGAGCUUCAUUUGGAUUAUUCUGAAUACAUAAUUUCAUCUGCUUCAUCAGCUCGAACAUCUGCUCUGGAGGCAAACUGGCAACAGCUUGUGAAAUAGCUUCAGGUGCCUUUUCUGGUUCCACUGGAUCACCAUAGGGACUCUCCAUCAUUUGUCCAGCAAUACCCAUUUUCAUAUCAUCUUUACUGUUUUCUCCAGCAGCCACACCUACUCUUAAUGGUCUUCCAUUAAAAUCAUGAUUGUUAAGAUUUCUCAUGGCACUUUGAGCAGUUUCAGUAUCCUGAUAUUCACAGAAACCAUAACCUUUGGGUUUACCAGUCUCUCUAUCAUACACAAGCCUAAAACUAACUACUGGCCCAGCUUGUAAAAAUAUGUCUUUCAACUGUUCUUCUGUGGCUUCAUAUGGAAUAUUGCCUACAAACACGGAUCGUGUUGCUCUUUCAGUGCCACCAUCACCACCCAUCUGACCACCUAAAAGGUCCAUUUGCUGCAAAGCACUCGGUGGCAUCGUGCUCGCCAUUUGAUUUCGUAAAAAAGACAUUUUGUAGUUGUAAAUUACGAACGUCCAUCCGCAAC